AGCUGGAGACCCCCCCCCCACGAUACCCGAGCCGGCAGCCGGGGCCCCGGGAUGAGCGGGGCGGGCUGUGGGGACGGGGGCGAUGGAGCACUGGGCACCCCCCUCCCGGAACCCCCGGGCCGGCUGGAGCGCACGGUUCAGCCCCAGGCUGGCUGGGGGUCCCGGAGGGGGACACCGGGGGCGUCCCCUCCUUCAGCUGGCUGUGCCGCAUGCCAGGGCCACCUCUGUCGCUGGCGGUGGGUGAGGAGCCUGCCGAGGGGGAUUUAGCUUCUUGCAAACCAGCACCAGUGCCCGGCCCCCUUCCCCACCAGCUGGAAGCCCCUGUGGCCCCCCGAGAUGUCCCUGUGGCCCUCAGUGCCCCUGUGGCCCUAGGGACACUUCUGUGUCCCCGUCUGGACAAGCAACCCCCAGGCAGCCCCCAUCAGCCUCCCCCAAGGGAGCCAGGUCUGAGCCCCACUUGAGGUGACUGCCUGGGGGCUCGCACCCCUGCCGUGUCCCCUCUGUGUCCCUGGUGGCUGCAGACCACAGCCAGGAGCCCCCCAAGGCUGCUCCAGCUGGAGCAGGGACCAGGGGCAAGCGGGGCAGCCUGGCAGUGCCCCUGGCUGGGACCAGUGUCACCAGGGGAGGGACCCCCACAGAGCCCCAGCCUCAUGGGGACACGGCUGUGGGUGCUCCCUGGGGGGCACCCAGGUGGGAGCAGGAUAGGGGUCAGGGUCCGUCCCCAUGGGUCAUAUCCCACCCAUCCCAUUGUCCCCACAGCCGUCUGCCUGGCAGGAUGGGGAUGUGGCACCCCGAAGAGAUAGCACCGUUUCUGGGAGGUGGGGUGGGGAGAGCAGCACACGUGUGCUCCAGGACGGCUGCACCAGGCUGUGGGCGUCUGCACGGCAAGGAAAGGGUUAACGUGUGCCGCGGGGUGUCGGGGUGCCGGGGUGUCCCCGCGGCCGGUGCGCCCGGGCUGCUCCUCGCACCGGUGACCUCGCACCACUGCCAUGGCAACGCCGCGUGAAGUCACCGGUGCUCGCGGCGCGGUGCCAGCGUGGGCGUCCGCUCCCGCAGCCCGCUGUCACCGCGCGCCCCGUGUCCCCCCUCCCCCCCCCCCCCAGGAUGAGCUGCGCCCCCGCCAGCGCCGACGCCUGACCCCGCCACCAUGCUCGUCAAGGAGUACCGCAUCUGCAUGCCGCUCACCACCGAGGAGUACCGCGUAGGGCAGCUGUACACCAUCAGCAAGCACAGCCACCAGGAGAGCGAGAAGGGCGAGGGCGUGGAGGUGGUGAAGAACGAGCCCCACGAGGACCCCGUCCACGGCCCCGGCCAGUUCACCGAGAAGCGCGUCCACCUCUCCAGCAAGCUGCCGAGCUGGGCCCGGGCGGUGACCCCCCGCAUCUUCUACAUCACGGAGAAGGCCUGGAACUACUACCCCUACACCAUCACGGAGUACACGUGCUCCUUCCUGCCCAAGUUCUCCAUCUACAUCGAGACCAAAUACGAGGACAACUGCGGGGACAGCGAGAACAUCUUCCGCAGCGAUAAAAUCCUGGGCGACCACGAGGUCUCGUUCCUGGACAUCGCCUUCGACGAGAUCCCCGAGCGCUACUACCGCAGCCUGGAGGACCCCCGGUUCUUCAGCUCGGCCAAGACGGGCCGGGGGCCGCUGCGGGAGGGCUGGCGCCAGCACACCAAGCCCAUCAUGUGCUCCUACAAGCUGGUGACCGUCAAGUUCGAGGUGUGGGGGCUGCAGACGCGCGUGGAGCAGUUCGUGCACAAGGUGAUCCGGGACAUCCUGCUGAUCGGGCACCGGCAAGCCUUCACCUGGGUGGACGAGUGGUGCGGCAUGACGAUGGAGGAGGUGCGGCGCUACGAGCGGGAGACGCAGGAGGCCACCAACGAGAUCAUCGGCAUGGUGGCCCCCACCAUUUCGGUCAGCGAGGUGGGGCAGCCCACGGCCACGCACUCGGCCCCCGCCAGCGCCCCUUCCACCCCCCUCAGCGACGAAGCCCCCGACUUCCUCGCACCCCCCAAAGCUCGGCCCCGCAAGAAGUCGGCGCCGGAGACCCUGACGCUGCCUGCGCUGCGGGAACGCGCCAGCGCCGAGUGAGGCCGCGCCGUGAGGCCGCGCCGUGCCACCUGCCCGGUCGGACUGUCCUCUCCUCCCUGCCAGCCCUGCCACCCGCCUCGUCCCCUCCGACGGAUGCUGACCCCGAGGGGGGAGCCCGUCGUCAGGGCGCAGGGGAGCCCCGGGGGGGUGCCGGCGACCCUGAGCCGCUGCGGGUGCCCGUGUGGGACGUUGCCACCAUCGCCACGCUGGACCUGCUGUCCCACGGGGAGGGGACGCCCCGCUCCUCGUCCCAGGUGGCGUCGGGCCAUGGCAGCAUCCCAGGCCCUUCGGUCCAGCCGUGGCCGGGCUGGGCGCGUGGCCGUGCCGGGCUGGGUGCCGCGGCAGCCGGGGAGCGAUGCUCGAGCAGCACCCUGCAAGGUAGGCACCGGGCACAGGCGGGGGGGUGUGGGAGUGCCAGUGACAUCCCAGUGCCACCUCCUGGGGCUCCCUGUGGGAUGCCAGGGACCACGCAGCCCCACGCACUCCAGGUCUCGCAGUUGGAGGCCGUGUCAGCGCGAGGGGUGCCGGGGCAGGCUCAGACCUGUAUUUUCUUUGGGAAGACAAGGUCCUUUUCAGAAAUAAAGCUGGAGACGUGG